CCCAGGCCACCAGGAGAGCUCCAUCCCUACUUUCUGAAGGCCCACUGACCUGGGCCCCAGUAUCCUUGAGGAUCAUGAUGGCGUAUAUGAACCCGGGGCCGCACUAUUCCGUCAACGCCUUGGCCCUGAGUGGCCCUAGUGUGGAUUUGAUGCACCAAGCUGUGUCCUACCCAAGCGCCCCGAGAAAGCAGCGGCGAGAACGGACCACCUUCACACGAAGCCAGUUGGAGGAGCUGGAGGCCCUGUUUGCUAAGACUCAGUACCCGGACGUGUAUGCCCGUGAGGAGGUGGCUCUGAAGAUCAAUCUGCCUGAGUCCAGGGUUCAGGUUUGGUUCAAGAACCGCAGGGCUAAAUGUCGACAGCAGCGGCAGCAACAGAAACAGCUACAGCAGCCCCCAGGGGCACAAGCCAAGGCUCGUCCUGCCAAGAGGAAGGCAGGCACCUCUCCAAGAUCGUCCACGGAUGUCUGUCCAGACCCGCUGGGCAUCUCAGAUUCCUACAGCCCCCCUCUACCCGGGCCCUCAGGCUCCCCCACCACGGCAGUGGCCACGGUGUCCAUUUGGAGUCCGGCCUCAGAGUCCCCUUUGCCCGAGGCACAGCGGGCUGGGCUAGUGGCCUCGGGCCCUUCUCUGACGUCGUCGGCGCCCUACGCCAUGACCUACGCCCCCGCCUCUGCUUUCUGCUCCUCCCCCUCGGCGUAUGGGUCGCCGAGCUCCUACUUCAGUGGCCUGGAUCCCUACCUUUCUCCCAUGGUGCCCCAGUUGGGGGGCCCGGCUCUCAGCCCCCUUUCUGGCCCCUCCAUGGGGCCCUCACUGACCCAGUCCCCCACCUCCCUGUCAGGCCAGAGCUAUGGCACCUACAGCCCUGUGGACAGCUUAGAAUUCAAGGACCCCACAGGCACCUGGAAAUUCACCUACAACCCCAUGGAUCCCCUGGACUACAAGGAUCAGAGUGCCUGGAAGUUUCAGAUCUUGUAGAAUACAC